GUCGAUUUCGCGGGCUCUCCCGGCUUUUUAGACGGUCGCAGCGGUCUAAUUCUUGCAAUCUGAAACUGCACACGUCGCCAGCAGUCCACAGCGACCGCCGCUGCAGCCACCACCAGAGACCAUGGCCCUCUCGAAGGGAGAGCAGUUCCUCCAGGACAACAAGUCCAAGGAGGGCGUCAUCACGCUGCCGAGCGGGCUCCAGUACAAGGUUUUGGUCGAAGGCUCGGGCCUGAAGCGCCCCUUGGUCGACACGCCCUGCGACUGCCACUACCUGGGAACGUUGAUUGAUGGGACGCAGUUCGACAGCUCCUUCGACCGGGGCAAGCCUUCGACGUUCGCCCCGAACCAAGUGAUCAAAGGCUGGACCGAGGCCAUGCAGCUCAUGGUCGAGGGCGACAAGUGGGAGAUGUACAUUCCUUAUCACUUAGCCUAUGGUGAACACGGCAAGCCGCCCAAGAUCCCCGCGAAAAGUACCUUGAUCUUCAUCAUGGAGCUGGUCAAGAUCAAGGGGACGUCCAAGCCGGUCGAGGACUUUCCCCAGUGGUCUCCUGAGGACUUGACCCUGUGGACUGAGAAGGACCAGGCGGCCUGCGACCAGUGGACCGAGAAGAAAGUUAAUGCAUAUGAUGCAGGUGACGCGAAACUCACGGCGCGGUUUUCAGAUAGAGCCGCCCUGGACACGUGGACGGCCCAGCAGUCCCAGAAGACGAAGGACCAGGCCCUCUGGAAGCGCACGCGCGGCGCGCGGCGCAAGGCCAAGGCCGCGCAGUUCAAUGCGAAACCAGUAGACUCGACAGUGACGCCGCCACCCGCACCGUCCCCAGCAAAGAUGGACCCCAAGACGGCGCGCGCCAUUUUGGACGCCGCGUUCGCCCAAUUCAAGGCCAACAAGGACUCGCUGACGAAGACGAUCCAGGACAUCGAGAAUUCGCCAGGUGACGCGUCGUCCAAACAAAUGCAGAAGAUGCUCCAGCUCCUCCCGAAGGUCCAGCAGCUCAUGGCGCCCGCCUUGACUGAGCACGGCUUCAAGGCUGAUGAAUUGAUGAGCGUCGUCAUGAAGAUCCAGGCCUGCGCGGCCGACGAUCCGACGAUUGCGGCGGACACGAUGAAGCUCAUGAAGGCGGCGCAGGGGGACAUUUCCGAGCUGGUCUAAUUUUAUCACUGGU